AUGUAUGCCAUCGCCUUAGCAAUAUUCGUGUUCACAUACUUCAUUGCAAAACCCAUCGUUGCAUAUUACUGUGACCCAAAAGGAUUAAGAAAAUACCCAAACUUUGCCUUUUUCUCUGGUAUCUCUGACCUCCCCUUCCUCUACGAGUCGCACAACGGGUUUCGCUCCAGAAAUCUUUUCGAGGCACAUAAGAAACACCCUGUUCUCCGAAUCGGUCCAAACUCUCUCUCGUAUGCGGAUCCACGAGCCAUUAAGGAUAUAUAUGGUCACGGCACGGCAUGUAUCAAGGAUCGAUUUUACUCUGAAACGGCGGGUACACACUCGCAUCUCGCAGAUGUCGUGGACAAAGCUGACCACGCUCACAAGAGAAAGGUUCUAUCUAGUGCUUAUGCAUUGAAGAAUCUCGAGGAGUGGGAGUUCAAGGUGGCCGAUGUUACUCGCAAACUUAUCGACGCGUUCGAUGCUCGAUGCACCUAUUCCUUGUCCCCGGGCACUGUACCAGAAACAAAGGAUCUAACUGUCGAUUUUCGCGACUGGACUGUGCUAUUUGCCGCCGCAGCCAUCGCGAAUAUUGGACUGAGCGAAGAUCUAGGGUUCUUGGACACAGGUUCUGACCAGGUCAAAUCGGAAAGUCGAGACGGAACCAUCAAGGAUGUCUCCUUCCGAAAAUGCCAUGCUGCUACUGCACGUGUGUCAUACCAACUAGUCUGGGCGUAUGACUGGUUCAAGACCUUGAAGCGAGUUAGUCAAGUCAUAUCGCCCAGGUAUCGCCAGAUGUGGAAGUUAGAUAGCGACUGGAGUGGCAUCGUCUAUAACCGUGCUACUACCCGUCUCAAGCGGUACAUGGCCGGAGAGAAACUUGAUGAUUUUUUCACUGCCAUGAUGGAAGAUAAAAACGGUGCGCCGCAUAAUCUGGAAUGGGGCGAGAUCCUUGCCGAGAUCAACAUCAUGAUAAACGCUGGCCACGAUACCACGGCGAUAUCACUCCGGAAUGUCCUCUUCUUCCUGUUGAAGAACCCGACGUGCAUGAACAGGCUGCGGGAGGAACUUGACGAAGUGCUUGAUAAAGAUGAAAUUGUCGCAUCCUAUGGAAAGAUCAAGCAUUUGCCAUACUUGCGUGCCUGCAUCGAUGAAAGCCUCCGGAUGAUGCCACCCGUGAUAUUUGGUCUUCCCCGUCGAACGCCCUUGGAGGGUGCACCAAUACUUGACGAUUUUGUCGCUGGUGAUACUUCGGUUAGUAUGUCUGCGUAUGUGGUUCAUCACCAAGAAUCAAUUUUCAAGGGCCACGAUAAGUAUAAGCCUGAGCGCUGGCUGGGUGAGGAUGGGAAGGCCUUGCAGCCGUUUUUCGUCCCGUUUAGUACGGGCGCUCGGGGAUGUAUUGGUCGGAAUAUUAGCUAUCUUGAGCAGACUGUUUUGAUUGCUUCGCUGGUGCAUCGAUAUGAGUUUGCACUGCCAUCGCCUGACUGGGAUCCUGCGAUUCGUGAGACGACGAACUUGAGUCCCGGUCCGAUGCCACUCAAGAUAUGGAAACGGGAGAUGGUUCGAGACGAGGAAUAA